AAGCAAUAAGCAUAUUGAAUAGUCUACAUAUCCUGUCAAGAGAGCCGAAUAGGAAUAGUGAAGCUAGAGAGUAUAAAGCUGGAUUCUCAGGCACAGCACAUUGGACAAUGCGGGGUAGCGCCGAGAAUGAUCGAGGUCCGUUUGAGUUGGCCCGUCAGCCCACGGUGUAUUUCGGUUUUCUUUCUCCUAGACCCUGCAUGUUCUCCUCCUUCUAACCCCAUUCAACUUUCUUCGCUCGUUGUCCGUCCAUUUCACGGUCUUUCAUUGUCUCUUGCCCACCUCCCAAGCUUUUCCUGCGCCUACCCUCCUUCUCCCAGUAUACCUGCGAGACAUAUCCUACUCUAACCACUCGGCAUGAGCCCGUGUGGUGCUGACUGCUAUCUUCGAUCGCGGAAGGGCAAGGAGAGAGCGGUCGAACCGCGCCAGGAUUUCUCUGCUCCCGGAGAUGGGCCAGGUGCUGACGAUGGCAUCGUUUUGCCCUUGACCUUGGUUGGAACCUCCGCCUACAGCGCAAUCUAUACCAUACCCGUCCUGGUCGGAACUAACAAGCAAAAUCUUUCAUUGCAAGUAGACACGGGCUCUUCUGAUCUCUGGAUAGCUUCCACCUCGUGUUCAUCUUCCUCAUGUGGGCAGGCCCAUGGCAGUCUAUACGAUUCUUCACACGCUAAACCAACCGGACGCAACUUCCAAAUCACCUAUGUCGAAGGCGAAGUGGACGGCCCUAUUGUCUGGGACACAGUCCAACUAGGGAACUAUGUGAUUGACAAUCAAGCGAUGGCCGCCGCCUCCACAGUCAACGAUGAACCUCUGUCCUCUGACUUUAGCGGUAUCCUCGGUCUCGCCCUCCCACUCAACUCGUACAUUUCCCAACAGCUUCCCGCUGGAAACUCCGACGCUCCAGAUGGCGCCAUCUUCUCUUCCAAUCUCUUCAGCAUGACCCCCUCUUCCACCGCCCCCUCUGCACGUUUCAUCUCCAUAUCUCUUGAACGCCCUGGUUCUGAGCGCAUCCCUUCCUUGCUUGGUAUUGGACGACACCCACCAUCCAUUGUCAAUGACCCAAGUAAAAUCGACUAUGCCCCUCUCGUGAGCGAAUAUAGCGGGGAUUACUUUUGGAAGGCCAAUGUGAAUGCGAUAACCGUCUACGUGGAUGGCGUGCCCAAACCUAUCUCUUUGAAGAGUGCGAGUAGGGUCCAGGGGAGCAUGACCACUGCUGUCGUGGAUUCAGGCAUGCCCAUCAUUUUGGCGAGUCCCGAUAUUGCCAAUGGGAUUUAUGGCGCGCUGGGGAUCGGACCUGGCAGUGACGGCCAGUGUACGUCCUUCACGUUUUGCUUGAACAUACACGUUACUUACCGAGGAAUCUCAGACUACGUAGAUUGCACAACGCCAAUCAACAUGACAGUCACCCUCGAUGACCGACCCGAAAUUCCUCUACACCCAUUAGAUCUAACGACCUCUCCUUCCUCCGGCGCUACUUCGUCUUCCUGUGUCGGCAUCAUUCAAGCUUACCCUGCUGGGUCUUCCAUCAGCGACAUAGCGGAUAUCGUCCUAGGCGUCCCGUUCAUGCGAAGUACUUACACCGUCAUGGCUUACGACCAACCCGACUCCGAAGGAAACUUUCCCAACAUGUCUGCGCCUAGCUCGGCCUCGGGCGGAAGCAUGAAUUCGGCUCUUCUACGUCCAAGGUUGGGUCUUUUGAGUUUGACGGACCCGACCGUGGCGUUGGACGAGUUCAAUACGGUGAGAGUGUUGAAACAGCCUUUGGGGAGCGCUGGUGGUGCCAAUGGAGGUGCUCAGGGACAGAGCGUUUCGGGUGACGACGGAGGAGGGAAGAGACUCAGCGUAGGCGUCGAAGUUCUCAUCGGCCUCCUUGGCUUCUUCGCACUCUGUUUCGUCCUCUUUGCUGCUCGAUGGGCUUACGCUCGUAGAAAGUUCAAACACGAACGCGCUGCUGCUGGCGUGGCGGGAAAGUCCAAUGGGAGUGGCGAGUUCAAGGACAGAGAUGAUUAUCUCAUGGAUGAGGUUGCUUUCAGACUUUCAAGGAGGACUUCGAGGAAUGAUCCCUAUGGUCCUUCCGAGGAAGCUUUGAGAGCCAUGCGAUACUCGGAGUAUAAACGGAGGUUGGACAGCGAGUAUACAGAUGACAGCGGACGGACUCGUGUUGCUUCACCUGGUGACAAAGAUGGUGUUAACGACUUCGGGUACGACGUCGUUGGUGGCAGGUCGGGCUCAGUGGAUGCAGAUGCCGACUCCUUGCAUCAACACCAUGAUACGGAUAGCGGUGAAGAAGAGGACGUCGGCGAUCCUCAAACGGGUUAUCAAGCUGUCAAGACACAUGUGCGGUCGGAUUCAGAAAGCUCGACAGUCCCUUCACUAAGCCUACGACGAGACUCUGUCCCUCCAAGGUCCCAUACCACCAAUAGCAUACCCGACGAGUAUUUGCAACAGCAAGCGUCUAAUUUACACCAGAGGACGGCUAGCGGGGAACCAGGAAUCGCCGCUCCUCUUCUGGCGCAUACGAGGAGUGAUUCGUAUAUAUCUACGAUUCAAUCGCCUGAUCAGCCUGCUUUUGGGUUCGCUGAUCCUCGUGCGUCGAGUAGGGCUAGUCGCCUGAGUCGAAUGCCACCUCCCUUACCACUGGACUUGCCUACAUCGUUGGACGAUCCUCCAUUGACAGACGUUCGGGCGUCACCGCCACUGCCAGCUCGAGAGGUCAACCUGCUCGGAUCUCCACUACCCACUUCAAUGUUUGACCUUUCAUCUCGAGAGAACGUGAUCCAUUCAUCAAGAGCUACGAACGGACAUGGUCAAGUAUCAUAGCAUAUGUUUCUUGGUUAUUCUUAUGUCCCUCUUUACGUUUUUGGUUUAUUUUGAUCUCUGCGACGGAAAAACGGAAUGUGUACCAUCAUCGUUAUUACUUUCAACCCAGCCCCACUUUUCAUCGUCCCCUGUGUUCUAUAACUUUAACCCUCCGUUUCCCUUCCUUUUUUUCCCAUCGGCUUUGUCGUCUCAUCUAACCCCUGCGUAUAUUCUCUCUCUUCUAUCAUCUCGCUGCCCAAAGGACUCGGACUCUGAUCUCAUUCUCUACCCAUUGAUUUAGUAGUACUCUCACUCCCCCUUAUUCUCAUCUCUAUUCCUUUACUGCACGAUCCUUCCUCAGCUCCCAUCAUGUUGCAUCAUCCUAGGCAUCGCGCUCAUUCAUUGGAUAUCUUCCGUCAACAUCCCAUUGUGCUCUUCCGCGUGCAUCAAUUUGAAAGCAUAC